AUGGCUCCGCAACAACGAUGCCAUGCUUCUGCUCCACAGGAAACGAAUAACGCCACAAUACCGCCAUGGCUUUCCACGCCGCAGAUCUUGAAGCCAUACCUCCAGCCUCUUGUGCUGGAGGCUGUAUCGACCCUACCCAAGGACGCAGCACUCUCAAACCGGGCUUUGGUAGAUAUCCUCUGGCGCAUGAUCUGCACGCGUGAGGAUCUGCUGCCACUGAAUGACUUCCCGGACUCGGUAGCGGACCACACUGCCAAGGCACGGCUGAUCUUCAAACCCAAGGCCAUGGAGUUUAUUGAGGACAAGUUCACAUCGCUGGGUCGGCACUGCGGCGCCCGUGCCGUGGGCGAGCUCCUGGCCGAGUGGACGCACUGGGAUCUAUUCCACGUGCACAUGCGACAGAUCCUACAGCUCGCCGUCAAGCAGAACACGGUGCGACGUCUCGUCCAUCGCAACCCACUGGCGCUGGCCUGGAGGAGGUGGAAGGGUUUGUCUGGAACAGAGCGGGAGUCGCGAGGGCUUGCGCUUGAGAUGGAGGAAAUCGGCAGUGAGAAGGAGAAAAAGGUGUAA